CUGCCAAAGAGAAUACAAAUACUACGUUCAAUCGGGAGAAACAGAGAAAGAGCAAAUUACUAUUACAUAUUUCUUUACUAUUUGUUUACUCAUAAUAUAUUUGGUUACAACAACGCAUAUCAAAAUCUAACGGGAAAUAAUAUCACGCUGAUGUUUAUUAAUAAUUUCUGAAAUUAACUAAUAUGGGCUUUGAAAUCAAAAGGUUUCAAGGUGACGUAGAUGAAGAGCUCAUUUGUCCUAUUUGUUCUGGAGUAUUAGAGGAUCCAUUGCAGGCGCCUGCUUGUGAGCACGCGUUUUGCCGUGCCUGUAUAACUGAGUGGAUUAGUCGCCAGCCCACCUGUCCUGUCGACCGGCAGGCGGUCACCGCAAGCCAGUUGAGACCCGUUCCGAGAAUACUGCGCAACUUAUUGUCCAGACUGUGCACAAGUUGUGACAACGCUCCUCAUGGUUGCAAUGCUGUGCUGAAGUUGGACUCACUGGCCAAUCAUUUAGUUGAAUGUGAAUAUAACCCGAAGCGACCAAUGCCCUGCGAGGCGGGAUGCGGGCUCGUGAUACCGAAGGACGAACUUGCGGAGCACAACUGUGUGCGCGAGCUGCGAGCGCUCAUUGCCACCCAGCAGGGCAAGCUCAAUGACUACCAGCAGGAGCUGGCUGAACAGAGGCUCGUCAUUAACGAGCACAAACGGGAACUUGUGCUGCUCAAGGAGUUCAUGCGAGCUAUGCGUGUGUCGAACCCGACUAUGCGCGCACUUGCAGAUCAGAUGGAGCGCGAGGAGGUGGUCCGCUGGGCCAACUCACUGGCCAGGGCGAGAGUCACGCGCUGGGGCGGCAUGAUAUCCACGCCAGAUGACGUCUUACAGGUGAUGAUGAUCAAACGAAGUUUGUCAGAAUCUGGCUGUCCACCGCACAUUAUAGACGAUCUGAUGGAGAACUGUCACGAGAGACGGUGGCCACCCGGGCUAUCGUCACUCGAGACCAGACAGAAUAAUAGAAGGUUAUAUGAGAAAUACGUGUGUAAGCGCGUGCCGGGCAAGCAGGCGGUGCUGGUGCUGCACUGCGACAACACCCACGUGGACGAGCACAUGAUGGUGGAGCCCGGGCUCGUCAUGAUAUUCGCGCACGGCAUCGAAUAACCCGCAGCGCCGGCGGACGCUACCUAGCGCCCCGUGGACUUGUGUAGUGCUAGUGUGUGAUGCCGGGAAUGAUUGUUUAUAAUGUGUUUUUAUUAGCAUUGGUACAAAGACUGAAGAAGCAAUCAAUACAGUUUUGGCAAUUAUAAAUCAAGAUAAUAAUUACUUUCAUGAUUAUCAAUUAAUGUUAUUAACUGUAAGCAAUGUGUUUGGUCAGUUUGUAUUUAAAUUAUACUUGAUAAUGUUAAAUUGGGAAAGUAUUGAUUGAGGUUUUUUUAACAAUGUUGGAGUAAAAGCAGGAAAAAUAACUGAAAAAGUUGUGUUUGUAAGCAAUCAUUAACUUAAUGACAAUGUCUGCUGCAUGCAGAUUUGUUUGGCAUUUGUGAAGUGACUUAGUAACUAAAUUAGCAAUACACUUAUUAUAGUAAAGUAAUUAGUCUUUGCUUGUUAUCUAUAACAAACAAUCGAAGUUUCAGGCAAAUGACAAGAUCUCAUAAGUGUAAAAACUUAAAGUUUCUCUCUGCUGUACAAAUAAGUAGAUUGUUAAAAUUUUUCCUAUUGGCUAUUGCAAUGGAAAAUUUAAGUAUCUCUGUUAAUGGUUGGUCUAGAUAAUAUUUUUUUUAUAAAUCUGUUAUAAAUUUAACACUACGACCAAUUAAUGUACAAUCAAUAAUUUGUAAUGAUUGAAAAAAUAGUAUUAUCCAUGUGUCUGAGAGUGUGUUUUUAUUAUGAAAUUAUGAAUUGGACACUUAAAACAUUCCUAAACAAUAAUAAAUACAAAGAUCAUGAAAUAAUGGUAUUGCCAGUUAGAAUACAUGAAUAAGGUUUUUUUUACAAAUUGGUGAUUGAGUGCUGUGUUAUUUUUUAAAUAGUGUGGCUUUUGUUUGUUGAAUAGUUAAUGGAUUUUGAAUAUUGUAAAUUCCACAUGAAUGCAUAAUUGAGGCAAUAAAAUUAACUUUGUUUUUUUUUUUGUAAUUGUGAGAUGAUAUGAUUAAUAUAGCUGUAUUUUAUACAUAGACAGUCAGUUAUUACUGC